GUGUGUUUACUUCCGGUUCGUAUGGUCGCUGUGAAAAAUGGCGGAAGCUGCCUUCAGGUGCAUCGAAUGUAACGAAAAGGCGGCGGAGUUGCACCGAGAUUACACCAACGGGAUCCUGAAGAUCACGUUAUGCGGUUCCUGCCAGAAGCCAGUGGACAAGUACAUAGAAUACGAUCCAGUCAUCAUCCUGAUUGACGCCAUCUUGUGCAAAACUCAAGCCUUCAGACAUAUUUUGUUCAACACGAACUGGGAUAUCCACUGGAAGCUGUGCGUGUUCUGCCUGCUGUGCGAGGCCUACCUUAGGUGGUCCCUGCGGCACAGUUCAGAGUCCAGCGAUGACCCCGCCGACAUCAUCAGGUACACCAAGGAGUGGGAGUUCUACGGCAUGGUGGCCUUGGCUGCAUUGGAGCUGUUAGCCUUCUGCGGCGGCGUGUUGUUGGUCCUGAAGGCGGCGGCGGCGAUGUCGUCUCGUGUAUGUAGCGACAGUGGAGUGGGCAUGGAUCUCCAUCUCCUCUUGCGAGCGCUGCUGCUGUCCGGCUACGGGAAAGUCCUUCUGGUGCCCGCCGUUAUCUGGGAACACGACUUCCUGCCGCUCUGCCUCGGCUUCAUCAAAGUUUUUGUGCUCACAUCCAACAUGCAGGCCGUCAGAGUGAUCCUGAACUGCAGUAAGAGGUUGGCGUUGUCGUCCGUGUGUGGGGGCCUGCUGUCAGAGACGAUUGCGGUUUGGAUGUGCCAAACCGCAGCGGGCACUUCGUUAGGUGAUCACGUUUGAUUGAACCUCCCUCGAUAUCAAAUUGUACAAAUGCCUUUUUAUGAUAUUUAAGUUUUUUUGUAAGGACUGACGUUUACUAAUAAAAGGAAGGCUUUUAUUACAGUGUUCACC